CUUCCUUUCUAAAGCAGCCCACCAGCAAACCAAGAUGCCUCCCAAGAAGCCCGAACCUAAGAAGGCCGAACCUAAGAAGGAAGAACCCAAACCAGCACCUAAACCAGCAGAACCAGAACCCAAAAAAGAAGUUGAAUUUAACCCAGCUUCUAUCAAAGUUGAAUUCACCCCUGAUCAGAUUGAAGAAUUUAAGGAAGCAUUCUCACUCUUCGACCGGACUCCUAAAUCUGAGAUGAAAAUUACAUACGCACAAUGCGGAGAUGUCUUGAGAGCUUUGGGGCAGAAUCCAACCCAGGCUGAGGUCAUGAAAGUCCUUGGCAGACCCAAACCAGAAGAAAUGAACUCCAAGAUGAUCGACUUUGAGACCUUCCUACCCAUGCUCCAGCAUAUCGCCAAGACGAAAGACACAGGCACCUAUGAGGACUUCGUGGAGGGUCUGCGUGUGUUCGACAAGGAGGGAAAUGGAACAGUGAUGGGGGCUGAACUCCGCCACGUUUUGGCUACGCUGGGCGAGAGGUUGACUGAAGAGGAAGUUGAUAAGCUAAUGGCUGGUCAGGAAGAUGCCAAUGGCUGUAUCAACUAUGAAGCUUUUGUGAAACAUAUCAUGGCUAACUGAACGCCAGGACAAGAUAGGCGCCGAGAACCCCAGAUGCUGGCCUUGGAUUUCGAUGUAAUGGAAUGUCUUCUCAUUUUUCAGCCCAGAUUCCCAUUACAGAGCUACAAAAUGUGCUGUCCCUAAAGUUAUUUGGAUAAAUGUUAUUUUGUUUGUUUUGUCUUGUUUCUUCAUGGGAAGAGGGUGGCCUCUGUGGAGAUUCAAUACACUCAGGAAACUGAGGAAACUGGAAUCUGAACUAUGAAUACCUGGGCAUUGUCAUUUUUUUCUGAUACAGAAUAUAAACAGCAACACAAAAUUGUUAAGUGAGAGGGGAGAAAAAGGGAGUAAUUUUUUUCAUGACUAAAUCAAUUAAAAAAUGUAUUUGUCAUUUAGCCAUAUCCUUCCCUCUCCUCCCCUCUUCCUUCCAAAACAACUGUACCUUUCUCUUUGUACUUAUUGCAUUUGUAAAAAAAUAGCUGUAAGAGAGUAAGGGAGAAAAGAAACUAAACCGGUUGUGUAAAUCUCAUGUAUGCAAGGAAUACUCUUAGUCUUUAGAGAAAAGUAGAAUGCCCAGGAAUCAGCAACGAACACAAUCUUGUUCACAUGUUUCUCAGCUUUGGAAGAUACCACCUUUAACAUAUAAGAUGUAAAAGAGAAAACCAAAGCAAAACAGAAGUGUACACAAUGUUUGCUAAAAUGCAUCUCUUCUCCACAAGGCUUACUUCCCAUUCCAACAGUCUGGCCAAUGAAACAAGUAAAAAGUCUUCCCUAAUGCAAACUGGAAAUUGUUCUAAUAUACAUAUCUUGGUCCUGUAGCUUUUUGCAGUAAAACAUGGGAUUCUGUGUCA